ACACACACCGAGGUUUUGGUGCAAGUAGGAUGACAUUUCACAAAAGCAUUCACAGACACAUAUAAACACAAAUGCACCUUUACAUCUACCCACCUGUCACCGCUGGCUGAAGGACUGGACCAAGGUGCAGCAUGGAAAUGAUGUUUUGAAAGAUACUGAAGGCCUUAUAAAUACCCUGUGGACAAAAGGUUCACUUCAGUCUACAUUAUGAACAGACAACAAAUGGAUAUCACUUUGCAAACUUUUUGUUGCAGUGACUAGUAGCAGCUAAUAAUGGAGACUGGAGAAAAUAAGGAAAUGGAGACAGAGACUGAGGACGCACUGGAUCCGUCGUCUGAGUGUACAUAUGAAGGAGAAGAACAUCAACUAUUUCUACAGUUGGAGCCUGAGGCCCUUGACAUCACAGACAUUGAGAGUCAACACAGCGACCAACGGGAUGACAAGACAACCAAGACUGAUGAAGAAAAGACAGAAAUCACAACAAUUUCUUCUAAUUUCCCACAAAGCAGUAAGAUAGACAUUGAAAAUGAAAGUGAUGAUUUGGUGGAUCCUUGUGAUGAAAGUUUAAUACCCACUUGCACAAUUCCUUCGGCUCAUCAAGAUCAAGAUACCAUGGUUCACCUGGAUCACUUUGCUGACCCCCACAUUUUAAUCAACAUGGAUAAUGUUGGCACAGUGAGCAGAAAAUCUUUGGAGCCUGAGGCCCUUGACAUCACAGACAGUGAGAGUCAACACAGCGACCAACAGGAUGACAAGACAACCAAGACUGAUGAAGAAAAGACAGAAAUCACAACAUCUUCUAAUUUUGCACAAAGCAGUAAGAAAUUUACAAUUGCAUUGAUUGGUGGCACUGAUUCUAUGGAGAUUGAAUCUGGAAAUCUCCUUCUUGGUCAAGAUGAUCUACCAGCAGCAGAACUCUCACAGAUAGCACCCAGGAUGUAUGAUUUGUUCGGUCGUUGUGUCUCUGUCAUCAACAUGCUGGGCUUGCAGAGUUCUGAACUUACCCAGGAGAAUCACAUAGGUCCACUUGUGCAUAAGCAGGGUAUCAAUGCUGUCCUCUUACUUCUACCAUUGGGUCAGCAUAUUGAUGAAUUCAAAAUGGGAGUGGGGUGGCUGGAAAGAAUGCUUGGAGAGAGAGCCCUUGCCUUUACAAUAAUCGUCUUUACCCACAAGAAUGACCAAGACUUUGGGUUGGGUGAUCUAAAGGACAACAAUGAUCUGAUGGAUCUCAUAGAAAUGUGUGGAAAUAGGUAUCUCACCUGCAAAAAGACUAUGAAUGACCCAGCCGAGAUUUCAACAUUACUUGAACAGAUAGACCUCAUGGUGUCUGAAAAUGAUCCAUGCUGCUACACAGGAGAAAUGUAUGAUGAAGAGAUCAGGAAACAGCUACUGAAAACAGAUUGGGGUGACCGAUCACAAAGCGAGGAGAAAACUGCAUCAGUUCCAGAUAACUUGCCUGAAGAUGGUGUUUUAAACAAAGAAAAGGUAAAUUUGAAAUAA